UGUAAGUGAUCACGCAGUUUACUUGUUUAUGAUCACAUCAAAUCAUCUUGAUUGUGAUCAUCAUGGAGGUCGACAUUUUUAAACCUUACCAAUGUCAGCUUCAAUUUUAGACUAAUUUUCAUUCUCCCUUUCCUAUUAUUUUUUCAACGAAACUUCCAAUUAUUCUGUUAAUCGUUGACAUUUGACCAUCUAAUGUAAAAACCCACCAUUAAAGUCAAUGUUAUAAUAUCAUGAUCAAUGGAAAAUAAAACAUUCUUCUACUUCGUCUGCCGUCUUUACCCAUUUUAAUUUUGAUUAGGGUUUUGUUUGGGGUUUAAUGGAGAAAAAAAUAGAAUUUCUGUUUACUGUUUUGAUUAUCUAUUUGGGAUUAGUUGAAUCAACCUGUAAAAAAGGUUGUGAUUUGGCUUUAGCUUCUUACUAUAUAUAUCCAGGUGCAACCCUUCUUGAUAUAGCAAUUAAGCUACAUACUACACCUCCAAAUAUUAUGAACUAUAAUCCCCAAAUCCCAAAUGAAAAUAGUAUUGAUAGUGGUUCUAGAAUUAAUAUACCCUUUUCUUGUGAUUGUAUAAAUGGGGAUUAUUUAGGUCAUAGUUUUAGUUACCAAAUUGAGUCUGGAGAUACAUAUAUUAGCAUUGCUGGAACUGAUUAUGCUAAUCUUACAUCUGUGGAUAGGCUUAAGAGUUCUAAUGAUUACCCUUCAACAAAUUUACCUGUUGGUCGUGACGUUAAUGUGCCGGUUAAUUGUUCUUGUGGGGAUAGUAGUGUGUCUAAGGAGUAUGGUUUGUUUGUUACUUAUCCGCUUCGUGUUGGUGAUAGUUUGAAUUCUAUUGCUCGGCAGACGAAUGUGAGUGCAAGUUUGUUGCAGCAAUACAAUCCUGGUGUCAACUUUGGUGCUGGAAAUGGGAUUGUUUUUAUACCCGGUCGAGAUAGAAAUGGAAAGUACCCUCCGCUGAGUUCAGGCUCAAGUCCAAAUGGCUCCAGUCGAAAACCGACCUCCAGAGGAAUUUCUCCUGGAGUCAUAGUGGGUAUAUGCAUGGCUAUUGGAGUUAGUGUAUCUUUAGUUAGUUGGUAUCUUGUCUACAUAAGAAGAAAGAAGAAGAAAGAAGCCUUACUUUCAAAUCAGUCGGAAUUGAAGUCAAGACUAGCAGAAGAUGUGCCUGUUCAACCUGAAGCUGUGACAAGCAAUCCUAAGCAUCUUGGCGUAGCAGUUGACAAGUUAGUGGAGUUUUCUUAUGAGGAACUGGCAAAUGUGACUGAUAAUUUCAGCUUGGCUAACAAAAUUGGUCAAGGUGGUUUUGGAGCUGUUUACUAUGGGGAAUUAAGAGGCGAGAAAGCAGCUAUCAAGAAGAUGGAUAUGCAAGCAACAAGGGAGUUUCUUGCUGAACUUAAGGUCUUGGCACAUGUUCAUCACUUGAACUUGGUCCGCUUGAUUGGAUAUUGUGUUGAGGGUUCUCUUUUUCUGGUGUAUGAAUAUAUUGAAAAUGGUAACUUAAGUCAACAUUUGCGUGGUUCUGAACGAGCUGUUCUUCCAUGGCAUGCUAGAGUACAAAUCGCUCUUGAUUCAGCAAGAGGUCUGGAAUAUAUUCACGAACACACUGUACCUGUCUACAUUCAUCGUGAUAUCAAAUCUCCUAACAUAUUGAUUGAUAAUAAUUUCCAUGCGAAGGUUGCAGAUUUUGGAUUGACAAAACUGUUAGAGGUUGGGAACGCAUCUUUACCUACUCGUUUGGUGGGAACAUUUGGAUACAUGCCACCGGAGUAUGCGCAGUUGGGUGAUGUCUCUCCAAAAGUGGAUGUAUAUGCUUUCGGCGUUGUUCUCUUUGAACUCAUUUCAGGCAAGGAAGCUGUCGUUAAAGAAAACAGAUCAACUCUUCAACCACAGGGUCUUGCUGCUUUGUUUGAGGAAGUUCUUAGUGAGUCGGAUCCAAACAGCAUAUGCAAACUAGUGGAUCCUCGUCUUGGGGAAGACUACCCUCUCGACUCUGUUCUCAAGAUGGUAGAACUUGCAAGGUCAUGCACUCAAGAGAAUCCUGAGAAUCGGCCGAGCAUGAGAUCAGUUGUGGUUGCUUUAAUGUCCUUUACGUCAACCACAAGAAAUUGGGAUAUAGGCUUCUUAGAUGAGCAUAGCCUUGGAAGCCGUGUCUCCGGUAGAUAGUUAAUUACCGGCGAUGCUAUUGCUACCAUGACUAACCUAUUCAUUUUAGAUAUAGGUGAAUGAUGAUUGUAGAUAAAAGCCCGUUUAUUUUUUUCUUUUUGUUUAUGUUGUACAUUUAUGGCCCGUUUGGUUGAUGGUAAUGAAGUAAUGAGAACGAAAUGUUAUAAUGGCAAUAGUAAUGAAGGAACGGAUAUGAGAAUUGGUAAUGAAGAUUCUUUUGUUUGGUGUGCAUGACUAAAGAAUGGUAAUGAAAGAUAAUAUUCCAUUGAUUGCAUUUGGUUGUUUGUAAUAAAAAAUGGUAAUGACUCUUAGUUUCAUUAUUGUAUAUUUGUAUCUAAAAGCAUUAUUGUAUCUAAAUUAUUCUAUCUAAUGAUUUUUUUUUAA